AUGUCUAGCUCAGACUCUUGCAUGACAACAGUUAUUAUUGUCUCGAGUGCCAAACGCUCGAUCGAGGUCGUUGGGGUUGAUGCUUUGUCCUCUAAUCUCGGAUCCGAAGGCUAUGGGUCCUAUGGCGAAUGGCGUCUCUACGACAAUGGAACUCAAGCUCUCAUUGGCGACAAAACUUCAAGUGAUCUUCAGAAACGCACUACCUGGGCCCAUAAGAAGGUUGAAUUCGAGUACCAUUCCCGGGCCGGUGUUUGCAAAACCCGGUCGACGCCGGCCCAGCUAAGGAGUGGAAUCGAUACACAGUUGACAAAUAUGUCAAACGACAAGCAGCGUUGCUCAUGCUGGACUUAUACAGGAAAUCAUGGCUGGUACGGCGAGCUGAAAAUGAUGGAGAUUGACGACGGAGACGUCAUUGAUGGAGCAUGCUACAACAAGAAGUGUAAUGCGAAGUGA